UAUCCAGUAGUGAACUAUCCCCAACUGCAGCUGCCUUUGAAUUGCCCAUUUACACAACUCUUCCGCUUCAUCAAUGGCGUUACUUCGCUUACUAUGUUCUCCAUCUCUAUUUCCUUCUUCAUCAUCCACUUUGUUUCCCCUUCACCACCAUUCUACAACUCCCAUUUUACUAUCCCCAUCCUCCAUUUCUUUGCGAACUCCUUGUUUCUCCCCAUUAAUCCCCAUCAAAGCUCAAAGACCUUACCUUUACAUAUCCAAUUGCUCUUCGUCUGCCCAAACUCCAGAAACUGCACAAGACCUAGAAGAACAAUUAGAAGAUGAAAGUUUGAAAAGAAGAGUGCUUGCUCAGAAUGCUCCUUGGACCUAUACAGCAAAUGACCUUCGACCUCUAUUUGAGAAAUAUGGCACUGUGGAGGAUAUUGAGGUUGCUAUGUAUAACAAGACAAGAAGCAGGGGUUUGGUCUUUGUCACAAUGGGCUCGCAUGAGGAAGCUAAGGCAGUUCUUGAAAAUCUUGAAGCGUAUGAACUUGAGGGUAGACCUUUGAGACUUGCAUGGGCUAAGCCAAAGACUGAGAAACCUUCUUCUCCACCACCAUCCAAGCCGCUGCCUAUACACAAUCUCUUUGUGGCUAAUUUACAUUUUGAAGCAAGGUCUAACGACCUGCUGGAAUUCUUUAAGGCUAAUGGUGCAAAUGUUGUUUCUGCUGAAGUCAUAUUCAAUGAUAAUCCCAGACGAUCUGCAGGAUAUGGAUUUGUUUCACUUAAUACCAAGGAGGAAGCUGAUGCAGCAUUAUCCUCCUUUGACGGAAAGGAAUUUAUGGGAAGAGCUAUAAGGGUGGCACAGAGUAAAAGGUUUCUUAGAGAAGAGACAAAAAAGGCUAUCCAGUCCCAAGAACUACCAUCUGAAUUGAUCUCUGUGGCAGAAUGAGCUAAUGCUGCUGAAUUUUGGAAGUUAUUCCUCUGAGGAAUAUCACUCUCUUCCGACCAAGGGCUGUCGAUAGAGAAAUGAAAAGUUCAUAGUUUUGGCAGUGGAAGCUGUUGGUAGCAAUAGGAAAAGGGCUAUUUAUAAAUUUGUCUUGACCAUGUAUCAAAUUACAUGAUUAUUCCUUUUAGGAGUUUGUUGCUAAGAAGAAGAAAGUUGUUUUAAAGGCAAGUGAACAUUUUAAGUGUAUGAACGGUACAUUUCUAUAGAAAUCACCUACAUCCAAGCUGUUUGGUGCACAUUACUUUUCAAAUUUGGCCUUUUCUACCUAUCUUGAAUUAGCUUUGGUUUCUGCAAUUACACAUAAUUGUAUUCUUUAUUUUGAGUAAAUUUUUGAGUGUGGGACAACCUUUUUAAGUUUUGACAUUGAUGAAUCUACAAGUAACAUAUAGGUUCACGUGAAUUCAGUCUUUCUGCUCAGACAUUGUAUACAUAUUAAGAAAUCUACCAAAUUUCUCUAUAAA